AUGUCGCUGUCGCCCCUCUCGCCUAUCCAGGCCGAAGUCGCUGCUCACCAGAGUCCAGCACAGACGCUGCAAGACGACGCCUUGGACCGCAGCCGCAACGCACAACCCCUCGAAAUCUGCCUCUUCCACGCGUUCAUCGAGCGGCUGCGCGAAUCGCGGGACCCCCGUCCGAUUCCCGACUCGCCGUGGACCGUCAUCUUCAAGAAGCUCACGGGGCGUGGCGACAGUGUCGUCUACCCGAAUGCGCCCAUCCCGACGGCCACCAGUAUCAACUCGCCCGGGGAGGAGGAGUUGAAGGUUGCAACCCCGGUGGAUGAGAAGGCCGAGGCGGACUCGUCGAGCCCUGCCCUCCAACCACCGAGCGACCUCGACAUCCUGAACCAGAAGGAAACCGCUUACCGCCUCCUCCGUGUAGCCCCCUGGCAAGUGGUCUUCUUCCUCGUCACGACCGACGUCCUCGGCCCCGUCUCCGCCCCCAUGGCGUUCGCCGAGCUCGGCUACGGCCCUGGCGUCCUGGUGUACAGCUUCUUCUUCAUCCUCGCCUUUGCCUCGGGGCAGAUCCUCUGGCGCAUGUACCUGCACCUCGACUCGGAGCUAUACCCUAUCACCUGCUAUGCCGACAUUGGUGAGCGCACGUUUGGGCCGUUUGUUCGCCACCUGUUCAAUCUCCUGCAAUCUCUUCAGCUGCUCUUCAACGUCGCAGUGCUUAUUGUUGGCAACGGGCAGGCCCUAGCGGCUAUCAUCAACUACAAGUUUUGCUACGUCGGCCUCAACGUGCUGUGGGCAGUGGCCGGAGCACUCGUCGGCCAGGUCAAAAGACUGCGCAGCUUUGCGCCUUUCACCACCAUCAACAUCUUUCUCAGCUUGACUGGCAUGGGAAUCGUCCUCGCGGGCAUUGCGACCUAUCCGCCGAUCCCGCAAAUGUCAGGCCACCUUGACCUGUCCGAGCCAAUCAUUCGCUCGGGAUGGGUUCCUGAGUACACUGUGGGCUGGUAUAGCCAGGUCGGCGGUGUCCAGCUGGCCGUGUUCGCCUACGGCGGGGCAAUGAUCUUCCCCGAAUUCCUCGCCGAAAUGCGCCGCCCAAACGACUUUUGGAAGGCGGCAUUCUUCAGCCAGUUUUUGUGUUACUCGCUCUACAUGUUCUUUGGCCUGCUCGUGUACUCGUACCAAGGGCAGUACACGUCCAUCCUUCCGUCUCUCAACUUUGCGAACGCGCCGCUGCAGCUCGCCGCCAAUGUCAUUGGGCUGGUCGCCACUGGCAUCGCUGGUGUCCUCUACGCCAACAUUGGAGUCAAGGUGUUCUACCAAAACGUCUUGCGCGAGUACUUUAACGCCCCCGCGCUCACCACCCGCCACGGGUCGGUCAUUUGGUCCAUCACAAUGUCACUCUACUGGGCCUUUGCGUGGGUCGUCGGCUCGGCUGUCCCCAACCUCAACGCCCUGGUGACUCUUAUCGGUGCGGCUUGCAUCCUUCAGUUUACGUACACCUUCCCUCCGAUUCUGCUCCUCGGCUUCUGGGUGCAAAAGGACGCCAUUGUGGAGGAUCGGCCAUGGCAGCCGGGUCAGCUCGCGUGGUCCAACCGGGUCGACACUUGGCGAGAUGUGUCGCGUUGGAAGCGGGGGUUUGCGCCGUACUGGUACGCCAAGGUCGGUUUCAUCGUCGUCUUUCUGGCCGCGCUAUCGCUCGCUGGCCUCGGCAUUUAUGCUGGUGUCGAGAUUGCCAUCCAGGCGUUUGAUGCGUCGGCGACGACGUCGUUUUCUUGCCGUGCGCCUGGGCAGCCGUAG